GACUGUAAGUUCGGCAUAGCCGGUAGUCAGAACGUGCUGAUUAUGGACCCCAGUUCUACAGGAACGAUGCAGCGGAUACAGAGUGAGAAAAGCAUCCUGGAUGAACCAGACUCUCCUCUGGAGGUGAGUUAAACAUUUUAGCUGCGUUUGUUUACCCCGAUGUCCUUUUAUUGUAUUUAGUUGCAUUAAUACAAACCGCUGCACGUAAUUCUGUCACUUUCAGCACCAUGGACAGCAUCUUUGUUGGCGUUUCAUUAUUUAAAUGCUGCUUUUUGGUUAAGUUGUCAUAAAUACAGCUUUGGAAAGCAUUGACUGACUGUCUUUCGUAACUAUACUGCCUUAAUGCGUUUUAGGCAAGAUAAUACUUCAUUAUUAAUGUUCAAAAGUCAUGUGUCUGCCAAACGUUUAUUGUCACAGUUCUGAUUGUGUUCUUUAUACGGUAUUUCCUCUUGGCAAGGAAGGAUGCUGUUAGUAUGGUUAUUGUGAGGCAUGAAGGCAAUAGGAAAGGUUGAAGGAUACAGUCUCAGUAAAUUGAUUGGAAUAUCAAUGCUGAACAAUGCAGAACCUGGAUGCCCCACAUUCUUUCGUUCCAGCAUAUUAAAGUGACUAGCCAUCUUUCUGCAUGUUUUCCUGAUGACGGCUGAUAAUGCUGUUUAACAUUUUCUAAUACAGGAUUGUUGGGCAUCAGUGUAUUUUAGUGGAGAGUCCUUAACUUCCGCAUCAGUCUUGAUAAAACUUGACAAACCGUUGAAUCAGGGACUCUUAUAUGGUUUUAGGGGUUUCCAUUAAAGAUAAUACAUUUAUUAAUUCCAUUUUCAAUAUUUUUUUCCUGUAUGACUGAGUGCGCUGUAGUCGAAUUAUUUCAGAAUCAGAUUUCAUGUCCAAAUAUGUUUUGACAAGUGCUUUGUGUUUUGAUUUCAAACAGAAUCUGACAUAAUACAUUAUGUUGAGCUGAAUGUGUUUUAAGUUACAAAUACUAUAUGUAAAGACAUUCCAGUGUGAUUUCCACAUUAGGUAGAGAUUUGUUCAGUUUGUGUGCUUCAGAGCUCAGCGGUAUGUCGUAUGUGAUGUUCAGCUUUUAGACUCUAAGGGACGCUGUUGGUCAGUGAAAUAUUUUCUAUGUUGUGUCGUCAUUCAAUCCAUUCUCCAACUGACUAUACAGUGAAGAAGGCUCUCUGUGUUCUGUCGAGGUUUAGGGCACAUACGAGAGAACAUGGUCUCACAGACUUGCAUGUAAAGGUUGAGUACGUGUUCAGUUGUUCCGGAUAUCAGAACCAGCUUCACCGUCAUAUCAAUCGGAUACAGAUUUUCUUUUUGUAAUUCUUUGUUGCCACGAUGGUAACUGGGGGACCUCUCACAUGCGCAAGAUGGCGAUUGUUUUAUGGAUUACGACGUCAAAUAGGACUGCUCAUGUUGCUGUUUCAUGCGGUUAACAUGGUAGGUGGUCAGAUUCGUUAUUCUAUACCAGAGGAGAUGAAGAAAGGCUCUGUGAUUGGUAAUGUAGCGCAAGAUCUUGGUUUGGAUCUGAAGAGAAUCCGUUCUGGGCGGGCCCGUAUCGUGACCGGAGAAAACAUUCACUACACCGAGCUGAAGACAGACAAAGGGAUUCUAGUCGUGAAUGACAGAAUAGACCGGGAGCAGCUUUGCGGAGACGAAACUCCGUGUAGCUUCAGCUUUGAGGUGAUUUUAGAAAACCCAAUGGAACUUCACAGAAUAACUGUUGAGGUUUUAGACAUAAAUGAUCACGCUCCCGUCUUCCCAAAUAAAGAUAAGCCUAUCAGCCUUGAAAUCGGUGAAUCAGCUGCAGUUGGAGUGCAGUUUCCACUGCAGAGUGCAGAGGAUCUAGAUGUGGGGCAAAACGCGUUGCAAGAUUAUGUUUUGUCGCCAAACGAAAAUUUUAUAUUGAAACAACAUGCAAAUCCAGAUGGAAGUAAAUAUGUUGAAAUGGUGCUCCAGAAGCCUUUAGACAGAGAGCGACAUCCUCAUCUGUCUUUAAAACUGAUCGCAGUUGACGGAGGAACACCACAGAGAUCAGGUACAGUAAAUAUAGACGUCACUGUGUUAGAUUCCAACGACAAUGUUCCGGUAUUUAACCAAUCGGUGUAUAAAGCAUCUGUGAUGGAAAACACAAUGAAAGGCACGAGUGUUAUUACUGUAAAUGCCACGGACGCCGACAGUGGCUUAAAUGGAGUCAUUACAUACAGUUUGUCUAAGACGAAAGGAAAUGCAGGGAAUGUAUUCAAUAUUGAUGAAAACACAGGCACAGUUUCUGUUUCUGGUCAGAUAGAUUAUGAAAAAGACAAAAAAUACGAGGUCAGAGUUGAGGCAAAGGAUCAGGGUGGCCUAACCGGGACGAGUAAAAUUACAAUAGAUGUUUUUGAUGUCAACGACAAUGCCCCAGUUAUAAACAUUAUGUCAUUUUCUAGCCCCGUAUCUGAGGAUGCCCCUCCUGGUACAACAAUUGCUAUAAUGAACAUAAAAGAUGCAGAUUCUGAGAGCAAUGGACAAAUAAAAUGUUCUAUAGAUGGCAAACUUCCAUUUAAGAUCGAAUCAUCGCUAACAAACUAUUACAAUUUAAUCACAGAUCAACAUUUUGAUAGAGAAUCCGUCUCAGAAUAUAAUAUAACAAUAACAGCCACUGAUUUGGGGUCUCCUCAACUUUCUAGCUCAACAAAGUUACAUCUUAAAAUAUCUGACGUAAACGACAACGCACCUUUAUUUAAUAAAAACAGCUAUUCUGCUUACAUCACAGAGAAUAAUUCCCCUGGAAUUUCCAUCUUUGCUGUAAGCGCGCGAGACUCUGAUUGGAAUCAAAACGCUAGAAUCUCGUAUCUUUUAGAGGACACACAAGUCGGCGGUAGUCCAGUCUCUACAUAUGUGUCUUUAAACUCUGAAACUGGAGUUCUUAGCGCGGUUCGUUCUUUUGAUUAUGAGCAAAUUAAACAACUUAAGCUAGUAGUCAAAGCGCAGGAUGGAGGCUCCCCUCCACUCAGUAGCAACGUGACUGUGAAAGUAAUGAUCCAGGACCAGAACGACAACCCU